CCCCAGCUUCCCGGCCGCCAGCAGCGGUGCGUCGCGGGUCUGUCGGCGGCCGAGGCUGGGACACGGCGCCGCCAACGUCAGGUUCGACGGAGGAGGCCGACGAGGCACUUGCCUUCCCACCCCGCUUCCUAAAGGUCACUAAAUUUGGAUCAUCAUUUAAGUACUUGAAGUGAUCUUUUGAUGUUUCACUUUGCUUGUAACACGUCUUUAGCCACCCCAUCUUUUUAGAAUCUGAACUUAUGUAAAACACAAGGGUGUCUGGGAAUGUACACAAGAAUAAGUGGUUUGUUUCCUCAUGGCUUUUAGUAUAUACUGAUGUAUUGUCUGUGAUGGCAUCUGAGGCUGAGAAGACCCAUGCUUUACUCCAGUCUUGUAGCACUGAGUCUCUUAUCUCUAGCCUUGGUCUGGGGAUAUUUUGCCUGGUAGCCGACAGACUUCUUCAGUUUUCAAUAAUUCAGCAAAAUGACUGGCUUCGAGCUCUCUCAGAUAACGCAGUACAUUGCGUGAUUGGCAUGUGGUUGUGGGCGAUUGUCAUUGGAGUCAAGAAGACAACUGACUUUGGAGAAAUCAUUUUAGCUGGAUUUUUAGCCUCUGUUAUUGAUGUAGACCACUUUUUUCUAGCUGGAUCUUUAUCUUUAAAGGCUGCUUUGACUCUUCCACGAAGACCUUUUCUUCACUGCUCUACUGUGAUACCAGUUGUGGCCCUGACCCUGAAGUUUACUAUGCACCUUUUCAAGCUCAAAGACUCAUGGUGCUUUCUUCCCUGGAUGCUGUUUAUAUCCUGGACCUCACAUCAUAUCCGAGAUGGAGUUCGUCAUGGCUUGUGGAUAUGCCCAUUUGGAAAAACUUCUCCACUGCCAUUCUGGCUUUAUGUCAUAAUCACCUCCUCUUUACCUCACAUCUGUUCAUUCAUUAUGUAUUUAACAGGGACCAGACAAAUGAUGUCUUCAAAACAUGGAAUUCAUAUUGAUGUAUGAGGUAACUGUAUGUCAGUCUUAGAGAAGCAAAUGGUUCAGACAAUGAUAAUUAAGGGUAGCUGACACUAUCAAAUGAAUUUUCAACAACAUAUUAUAUUAUUAUAAUUCCUGAAUCCUCUUGCUCAGGAGGCAUGUACACUUUUUUCUAAAAGAUUUUACUUAUUUAUUUGACAGAGCCAGAGAGCACAUGCAGGAGGAAUAGCAGGGGGAGAGGGAGAAGCAGACUCCCCACUGAGUAGGGAGCCUGAUGCAGGGCUCAAUCCCAGGACCUGAUCAGGACCUGAGCUGAAGGCAGACGUUUAACUGACAGAGCCACCCAGGUGCCCCAGCAUGUACACUUAAAAAACCAUAUCUUGUCAUAAUUCUCUCUUCUCUAACACUGUAGUACAAUAUUAGAGUUUCAUUUAUUCCAUGAUACAUUUUUUUUUUUUUGAUGAUGUUUCUUCUGUUUACCUGGCUUUACUAAUAGCUUUAAUAGAUUGACAUCCAGUUAAGUUUUCUGGAGGUAUUUGUUUAAGGCAGGCCACUUCAGGAGGAAAAACAGAUCAAAUCCUAGGGCAACUAGUUUGUAAAGUCAGCAUUUGUAUCAGCAUUUUCCUGAGAUACCAAAAUAGUGAAACAGCCAAAAUAAAUUAGAUCAUGAAUAAGAUGUAUAGUGAACACUCCCAUUUCUUUAUUUCAUGUAUGUUGAUCCUGAAUGAAGUUUGAUCAGCCAAGUACUUUAGUGAGUCGUGAUUACUGGCAGAGUCUGUUUUGGUGCCCUUGUGAGAAAUUAUAAUUUUCAUAAAAGAUAAUAAUUAUAAUACUCAUAAAAGAUACUAACAGUAGAUCUAGAUUAUUGUUUCAGGAAUCACUUUAGGAAAUAAUUAUUGUAAUUUAAUGGCUGUAGUAACAUCCUACUCAAGUAUUAUUUUUCAGUAUCCUUGCCCAAAACUCUCAUGUGUUAAGGUUUUAACUGUUCUGAAAAACAUAACUAAAUUUAGCAAAGUAUUUGUUAAAAAUUAACAAAAUAUUGAUACUUGGCUUAUAACCAUGCAAUUGGAUUUGGCACUAAAAAAGACUUACCAGUAAUGUUGUUUCAAAUGUAAACUCCUGAAUGUGCCAUUAAAGUUGUUUAAGUUGCUAUCAAUUUAUUUGCUCACUUAUUUUAAAAUAUAUUGUUAAGUAAUUUUAAAAAUGUCUGCCUGAUACUGAGAGACGAAACAUGUUUUUGAAAAUGAAGGGGUUUUAGGAAAUUUGCUUUUUCUUUGUUCUUUCAGGUUGAUCUGUUAAAAAUGAUUGACCUUUAUUAGAGAAGGAAAAUUUAGUUGCUGUGAAAUUUUACAUUUUCAUAGUUUAAUGUUACUUUGUUAUAAAAGUCAGUGCCCUGAAGGCACUUGAUUUUUUUUUUUAAGUAUCGUAGGUACCAUUUGCUGUCGAGAUUUUCUUACACAUUUGUGAUUUGUAAUGCUAGUGAUUGUGUGCCUUAUUCUCUGAGAAAUGCUGAAGCAAUGCCUUAUCCAAAGCAUAUUUUUCUUAUUUAAGUUAAAAAAAAAAAGAGCUCUGUAAAUUGUUGUAAAAGUUCAUGUUCUUUAGUUUUUCUUUUUGUUGUUAACCAAUUGGCUGCAAUGUAUUAGAUGUUAUAACCUGUUCUUUCGGGAGCAAUGAUUGUGUCAGUUUGGUUGUCAUAAUAUUAAAUAGCAGGGGUAAAUUUGAACAAGGUAGAGUUUUUUUAAAUCUAUAAUUUCAGAAAUCCAUGGGAAUAAAGCAUAUAUCUUAUAUCACUUUUUCUGACUGAAUUAUAAAACUCUACUUUUUUUCUUUCUCAAUAUUAAAGGAAUGCCAUUAAAAUAUACAGCCUUAUUUAAUAAUGUCACACUGGCAUUUUGGGGGCUGUCCUAACUUUUUGUAUUAGAAUGGAAAUUCACCUUGACCAUGACUCCUUGCUUGAACAAUAGCUGCAGAUUUUAAGUGUGGGUUUAUCUUUAUUUCUGCUUCUCCCAUCAGAAAUGUUCCUUGUCCUCUACAUGGUCUGUAACAGCUGUGGUUGUAACCUGUGGAAAUAUAACAGCCAACUUCCCAUGCCACCAUUUUUUUUUUAUCUUGUCGAAAGAGUUUGUGUCAAUACAUUAUAUUGAAAAUUGGA